AUGUCUGCCUUGAGCUCAAAAUUUUUUAUGAUUCUGGAUGAAAUCAAGAAAAAUAACGAUUUUCCCAAUAUCAGCCGUGCCACUCUCUGCAGAGUCCUGAAUAAGCUUGGGUUCGCGUUCACGACACGCAAGAGGAACUCGUUGUUGCUUGAGCGCAACGAUCUCGUGCUCUGGCGUGCAUCCUAUCUGAGGUCUAUCAAGGAGUACCGCCAAGAUAACAGGCCCAUUUACUACUUAGAUGAGACGUGGGUCAAUGCCGAACAUACACGCUCCAAGAACCCCUCUGGAAAAGGCGAGAGGCUCAUCAUUGUUCAUGCGGGGAGCAAGGAGGGCUUUCUUGUGGGGGCGGCCGAGGUGUUCCGGGCCAAGAAAGGCAUCGGUGACUACCACCAAGAAAUGGACGGGCAACGCUUUGAAGAGUGGUUUACCAAGAAGCUGCUGCCAAACCUCAAGCCCAGGAGUGUUGUAGUAAUGGACAAUGCCUCGUAUCGCUUCGCAAAAAUACACACCCUGCCAACCACCAGCACAAAGAAGCUCGAGAUUCGCCAGUGGCUCAGCAACAACGGGAUUGCAUCGGACAUGUCCAUGCUGAAGGUGGAGCUCCUGAACCUUGUCAGCAAAGCGAAGGCUGCAAGAGCCGAGCUGGAAAAGUACCGCAUUGAUACGAUAGCGGAACACCACGGCCACAGCGUCCUCCGUUUGCCUCCCUAUCACUGUAAACUUAAUCCAAUUGAGUUGGUAAGGAGCCAAGUGAAAGGAGAGGUUGCAAGCAAGAACCAAUCGUUCAAGAUUGCGGGGGUGGAGAAGCUGACUCCGACUGCCUUGCAAAAUGUGAGCCCCGAGACCUGGGAAAGCUAUGUGAAACACGCCAUUCAAGUUGAAGAACAGAUGUGGGAAGCAGAUGGCCUUGUUGACACUGUCCUCGACAGUAUUGUAAUCGACACAAAUGGGGACUCUGACACUGAUACAUGUGAUGAAGAUGAGGAGAUGGGUUGUGAACCACUUGAGUGGUAG